AUGAUUUUGGCGAAUCUUUACGAAUCCUUGAGUGAGUGUGUAAGUCUUUUGAAAACCAUCAAAGACCAAGGUAAAAUCAAUUUUUCAGGACCUUUCUGGCUUUUACAAUUAUGGCUCAAUGCCACCUUUGAAGCUUCUCUUCCUGUAAAACACGAAGUGAACGAAGAAAAAGUGAAGGACAGGACUGUCGAAUUCCAAAAAAGAAAGAAAGAAGAGGAGAGAGUUCCCAAUGAAGAAUCUGGUGACGAAUCUCCAGAGCCAAGCCCCUCUCCUCCUCAGAAGAAGAAAAUCAAGAGGGUCUCUUCCCAAAGAUCCAUUGUUAAGUCAGCCAAAAAAGAUUCUUCAAGUAAUCCACCUGCCAAACUUCAGUCGAAGGAUACAGAGAGUGGGAAAUCUAGUUUUAAUACUGAGAUUCCUGAGAAACAAUUGGCUGUCAAAGAAAACCCUGAGAAAACUCUGGAAGAGACAAUCAAAGAAGAAGAUGUCCCCAAAAAUGAUCAUGACAGGCAGACUGUAGCAGAAUUCGACGCUCCAAUGAGUGGAGCUUCUGAAGACGAUUCUCCUCCUCAUCCAGGAUUAAAUGCUACCAAUAAAAGCGAUGAUACUGACAUGGAAACUGAGGUCGAAGAUGACCAUGAAGAAGAAACUGCUAAAGAUGAGGAUGACCAGUCGAAACAACCAGAUGCUGGGCAAACUUUAGGACGAAGCACUCAACCCGCUCUCGACCAGACCAAAGGAAGUGCCAUAUCAACUGGUUCGACUGGUUUCUCUCGCGAAGAGCUUGAGAGUCUCAAGGUGCAGAAACCCUUAGAAUAUCUGAAGGCCAUGCUUAGCGCUCGUUAUAAUUUUCAAGAUUCUUCACAAAGCAGUUCGACUGCCUCUGAGGCCACUUCUGAAACGCAAUCUCUUGACAACCUCUUGACCAAGAUUAAGACGAAAAUCCUUGAUGUUGAUUUGUUCAGAGUUUUAGAAGAGAUCGCCACCGCUCAUAUUGACCUCAAGAAUAUUUUGAAACAAAUAAACGUCUUGGAAACUUCUGCUGAGGUUGGCAACCUUCAUCGUCGAAGAGAUCUCUCCCAACAAAUCUCCACAAAAUCCGAGGCUCAAGUUGCUGAAUGGGAUGUUGUUGCUACUUCGACUAACGAAGUUUCAAAGCUGCAGCAGCUUUCUGAAACUUAUAUCAAAGAAGUUGCUGCUUGUGAUGAUAAUAUCCAGAAAUGGGAGAAACAAAUAGCUGCUCUUCAAGAAAAAAUCUCCCAAGAGAAAAAGCGCAGAGCAUCCAUACAGCAGCCUAAGCAAAAUGAGAUUGACGACAAACUGAAGGUGGGUAUUCGACAUGCAUAA